AUGCUAACUGCACCAGAGUAUCCCAGUGGUACUCAUGAAGCCUCGAAUCAAAACUUCGGGGAGUCAAGCAAUGAGGCUGUCCAGUAUGGCAGCCUUCAGGAGACUAUCCCGCAUGACCUCAAUACCCAUGAAGAAAACCCCCAAUCUCAUCGCAUGCGAAGACAUUCCCUGUUGGAAAGUCGUUCCACGGGCACCAGAAGCGAAGGUGGAGACGAACAGCAGCCCCAGCACGACACCAGCUUUGAGGUGGCAGAUGAGCAGCGCGGACUCGAAGCCCUCAACUGUGACUCGACAAACACCGCCUUUAGUGUGAGAUUGAUCUCCAGAGCCUCAUCAUCAAGUCAGGACGAUGAAGACUUUGAUAGUCUGUAUGAUGUGAGCGUUGACGGAAACGAUGGAGAGAUUGGGGAAACAGGGUCUGGCCGGCCGAUUACCAUCGAGCUCCUUCUGGGUCACUCCCAAUCUUCUUCAAGCAGCAGCGAAGUGGAAGCACCGCGCGAAGAGAAUAUCCUCACCGCAGAGGAGGCGGCCGAGCUGGAACAUACCGACAGUGAGAGCGAUGUUGAAGAUCAUGCCAGCAGUGACAGAGAAGACGAACAGGAAACGCUGGAGGCACUCAGUGAUAUGCUGAGGCACCAUCCGGCCAACAUCGCGCCGUUCAUGAGUCUUCAAGAGCCUCCACGAACCAACAUCCCGGUUCUCCCCAGACCUAUUCGUCCGACACUCGCCCCGAGUCCCCUCCGACGGGUAUCGACCCCUGACUCAGACAAUUCCAGCAGCAACUCGAUGUCUUCUGAAGCGAACAGCGAUGCAGAAAGCAGUCCGGGCGAACCAAACGCACCAUCCGGUACCCCAGCCAAUGAACGGGAAUACAACAUGAGAGAAUCCCAGUCAUUAAAUCUUGAAUACCUGGACGAGGAGCUCAUGAUGUUGAGCGCGAGACGCAACCAACCGCCGCCUAGUUCUGUUUUUGACCUUCGGCCACGCGUACUUCCCGUCCAGAUAGAAGACAGCGCGCCUUUGAAUCCACAUAUCGUCAGAGAGCUGCGCUACCGAGGUCGACCAGGUCUGUCAUGCCAGCAUGACACCAUUCUGCGAUACUAUGCCGACAAGGAACUCUUGCAAUGCCCCGACUGUAAAGGGCGAUACCGCUAUCUCUAUGUUUGCACGGCAGACACCGAAGAUUUCUCUGUGCAAGAGGGUCAGGGGAGUGGAGAGCCCCGGGGAAGCAUCGACAUCCUCAGUCCGUGGAUCAUCGAGGCCAUCAAGCAGGGACAUUACACCUCGGAGCAGGUCGACAUCAUGAUCCAGCAGAAGCUCGAUGUCCUGCGGGCUGCAAAGAGGGAUCGCAACCAGUUUGUCAGUCCGACGCCAAGUCCAAGCCCGUCUGGUGAAGAAGGGCCCAGAUUCAUCGAGGAGUGGAUCGAGGAUGUGUCCGAUGCACGGCCAACUGAAAGGGACACUGCGGAGCGAAAGCGACAAGCCGAAGAACACUAUCGCAAGAUGGUGAAUCGCUCGAAUGCCUUCAUCGAGCAGAAUUCGCCAUGCAAGAUGCGAGUGUGCGCCGUUUGCCUUCCAAGACUUGCCGAGUGCGCAUGGGAGAGCAUCGAUGACAUCGUUGAGAAGCCGUACAAGGCCCCUCCGCACAUCCCCGAAUAUAUCAAUCGGCCGAUCAUCAACGCCGCCGUGGUCCUCAACAUGGACUGGACCAAGAAGCUCUCGUUUCAAUCGUGGUAUGGGCAGGUCCAAAGACGGAAUCCCCAGAUUGACCUAUUCCUGGUCCUGGAACUGGCCGUCGGAAUGCGCCUGUCCGAGCUGCAAGGCAUGCAGCUCAUCACAUGGGUCAUCAAUCGGCGGAUGUCAGGACUUCGCUUCUUCGAAUUCCUCCGGUGGAUGUGGUCUGCGUGCCUCUCCCGGUCCCAGGCCUUGCAUUUCCUCGGGAUGAUCGGCAAUUCCCGACUCCUCCGCCAACAGACCCGGACGUUGGCCUCGUCUCGGCCUCGCAGAGAGGCCCGAGCCACCGAAAGGGGGGCAGAGACGCCGCUCUCUGCCUACCCGAUUUGGGAAGAGGAGGAGAACGAGCUGGGCGAGUUGACCGAGACUCCCGGCUUCGCCUACGAUGAUCGAGAGCCGAUGGGGCGGCGGAUCGAUCAUCACUGCCAAACGGUCUUGUUCAGCGCGAUGAGAGCUGGACAAGAUCUGGAUGAGGUGGUCAUCCGUGGGCGGGUUGAGGGUCGGGCCACCCCUCGUUUCCCGCCGGGGCUCCCCAUCAACGAGCCUCAGGGCUCCCUCGAGGCCGAUGACUCGGACGACUUGUAUACCUAG